CGGAAUUUUUAUGUAAACGAACCAAACACAAGCGGAGCGAAAUUUUUCGUCGAAGAUUCGUUUUAAACUGUUGGAUUUUUUCCCCUAUAUUUGUUCACUUUGUGUGCUCAUAAUGUCUGAUGAAGAAGACGACUAUAUGUCUGAUGCAUUCCUUAAUAAAAUCGAAGACGUGAAGCCGGGAGUAAGCAUGGUGAGGAGGGUAAAGGAAGCAUUUAAAAAGGAAGCAAAGCAUAAAGAGUUAAAUAUUCAGAAUCGUCAGAAGACCUACAAGGAGCAGGAAAAAGAGAGUCGGGAGGCAGCUUUACAGACUUCCAUCAGCAGUCAGAACAAGGGGUUUGCACUUCUUCAAAAGAUGGGUUACAAAUCUGGCGAUGGUCUUGGAAAGCAGAGUACCGGGAGGAUUGAACCAAUCCCACUAAAUAUAAAAACAGACCGAGGAGGGUUUGGAAUGGAGGAGCAGAAGAAAAGAAAAGCCGAAGAGGAACUACACCAUUAUCGACAGAAAGUACGAGCCCGACAACAGAACGAGGCCAAGUCUCUGGAGGAUUUUAGGUCGAGGGUAAGGACAGAGAGGGAGGAGCGAAAGAUUGAGGCCGACCUGAGAAGGAGUCAGAGAUCUUGCGAGCAGCUCGACAGUCAGAAGGGGAUAACUAUUCCACGAGAGGCCUGGUACUGGCCUAAAGAUAACACUGAGAAUGAGGAGCAGGAGGAAGAAGAAGAUAAAGAAGAGGAUGAGGAAGAGGAAAUCGUUGAAUUAACUCCUUUUGAUAAACUGCAAAUCAUAACAUCUUAUUUGAGAGGAGUCCAUUUUUACUGCCUGUGGUGUGGGACAACCUAUAAUGAUGAAGACGAUCUAUGCUCUAACUGUCCAGGAGACACAGCUGCAGACCACGAAUAAUUUGACGAUAAUUGGUAGUUUACAUAAGUUGCUGUUCUAAUAUGAGCCGAAGGCUGAGGAAUAAUGUAUAAAUGUUUGUGAAUUUGGCUCUUCUGAGUAAGUUUAAAUAUGCGAUGUAUCACUAAAUAGUGUCCAUUUUUGUGUUUCUUAGUGAGAGCUUGUGUUUUACUUUGUGGUUAAUAAUGUAAAUAACUGGAAAAUUGUUACAAAGCAUCUGUAUUUUUAUUAAAGGUUUCAGAACGA